UUGUUGAACAUGACAAAUCACCCAUCCCUUACGACACCGAGUGGUCCUAUACGAAAUUGAUAGCUCUAAUGCACCCUAUCCUACACCCCACCCACAUCUCUUAUCCUACGCACACCCCCUCCCUCCCCCUUCCCUCACCCCACCCCACCAUCCACAAUUGUAAACCCAUUUCAAAAUCUGUUAUUUUUUCCCUUUCAAGGCCAAUUAUAUUCAUCGGCACUACUGCACACCAUGUCAAGUGAAGUUCCAGUAUGGAGCAGAGAGGAAGAGAAGGCUUUCGAGAAUGCUAUUGCCAUGCACUGGACCGAAGACUGCAAGGAGGUGUGGGACAAGAUUGCUUCCAUGGUUCCUGGCAAGAGCGUUGAUGAGCUGAAGCAACACUACCAAUUUCUCGUUGAGGAUGUGAAUGCAAUUGAGGCUGGUCAUAUCCCACUUCCCAACUAUGCUGCCGAUGAAGCCUCGUCUUCUUCUGUCAAGGACCAUCAUGCUCUUCCCUCUGCCACUUCUGAUAAGCGAUCCAAUUGCGGUUUCGGAGGUGGGUUUUCAGGAUUGGGUCAUGACUCAGCUGUACAAGGAGGGAAAGGAGGAUCUAGGUCGGAGCAGGAGCGGCGGAAAGGCAUUCCAUGGACAGAAGAGGAGCAUAGGCUGUUUCUACUGGGUCUGGACAAGUUUGGAAAAGGGGAUUGGAGAAGCAUUUCCAGGAACUUUGUAAUCUCCAGGACUCCCACUCAAGUGGCGAGCCACGCACAGAAGUACUUUAUUCGCCUGAAUUCCAUGAACAGGGAUAGGAGGAGAUCCAGUAUCCAUGACAUUACAAGUGUGAACAAUGGCGAUGUGUCAACCCCUCAAGCUCCAAUUACCGGCCAGCAGGGCAACGGCAACCCAGCAAGCGCAGCUGCAGCUGGUGUGGGACCACCCCUGAAGCACCACAGGGCUCAGCCAAGCAUGCCAGCAGGUGCUCUGGGAAUGUAUGGAACACCUAUGGGACAUCCAGUGGCCGCUCCUCCAGGGCAUAUGGCAUCAGCAGUUGGGACUCCUGUUAUGCUUCCUCCUGGACCCCAUGCACCUCCCUAUGUUGUCCCAGUUGCUUACCCCAUGGCACCACCUCCAAUGCACCAAUAGCAGACGCCAUUAAUUCCCUGAAAUUUCGGCCAAUGGUUGCCAAAGGGAAAGCCUAUAUCCCUCAGGACAGCAACACAGGCCUCCUCCCUCUUGUACCAACUUUCAUUCAAAUCAACAUCCAUGUAUAUAUAUAAGAGUAGGGGUAAGAGUAGAGUUCUUUCUUGAACACGCCCUCCAAUUCUUUGGCUACAUGUUCACUACCAGAGGGUGUUGUAUUUUUUAUUUAUAAGGUGAACUGGGCAAUCCUUCUACAGUCUCCAUGGGGAAAAUAACAUUAAAGGUGUAAGCACUUAGAUUC